AUGGAUGAACCAGCAUUUGAGGAGCUCCUACACAAAGUUGGGCCUCUCAUAACUAAGCAAGACGCCCAUCUGAGGGACUCCAUUCCGGCUGCCGAAAGGCUGGCCUUAACGCUACGGUUCCUUGCAUCAGGUGAGGACAUAAAAAUUCUCUUUUCAGGUGAUUCAUUCACAAGUCUCCAGUAUUUGUACUGGAUACCGAAGUCAACUAUAUCAGCAAUUGUUCCAGAGGUUUGCGAGGCGAUAUUUCAAGUACUUGUGGAUGAGUACCUCAAGGUACCUCAAUCAGCAGAAGAAUGGGAAGAGAAAGCAAAUGAGUUCGAGACACGAUGGCAGUUCUUCAAUUGCAUUGGCGCCAUUGAUGGGAAGCAUAUUGUAAUACAGGCCCCAGCCAACAGUGGGUCGUAUUACUUUAAUUAUAAAGGGACAUAUAGCAUUGUACUCCUAGCCCUGGUUGAUGCUGAUUACAAGUUCACAUAUGUAGAUGUUGGACAAAAUGGUCGAGCUUCAGAUGGGGGUGUGUACAAGACCUCAACGCUUGCAAAAGCCUUAGAAACGGGAGAACUUAACAUUACAUCGAAGUGCCAACUUCCUGGAACAGACAAACUGGUGCCAUAUGUGUUUGUAGGAGACGAUGCCUUCCCUUUGAAUAAUGGUAUGAUGAAGCCAUAA